CGCAAGUCCACUCCAAAGGAAAUCUUUGUCUUUCUCGUGACUAUGAAGUUCGCUAUUCGCGGACCGUUUGGGAUUAAUGGCUGUUUUUUCGGGGGCCACUUACAGCCCUCUCAAGAUGCCGAUGUCGACCUACGAGUUGAAGUAUCGGCGGAGAGCACUGUCCAAUCUCGAUCGAGUUUUGUCUUUGACGAGAGCUCGGUCGAAUAUGCUCAAGGUUUUUGCCGAUGGCUGAGCUACCGCUGCCGCUGUGUCAAGGAAAGUUGGCGAGCUACGAAAUUCACCUUUGAAAUCCUCAAGGAGAGCGAGACUGCGCGCCGCGUGGCAAAGUCCCUCCUAGACGGAACGACCUUUCGCCCAGAAACACCGCUCUAUUACCCGGACGAGUUAGGUGUUAAACUGAAUCAACAAGGGACGUCCAGCCCUUCCCCAGACAUUCUACAGUUUGUCCGGUCGCUCAAACGCUGGGGAAUUAAAGAAUACAGAAAGAAUAACAUGGGGAAGAGCAAGGACCUACUACUAUCGUGCUUGCAAGCCUUAUCUGAAUGUGACGAAUUAUUGGAGCAGUGGGAUUCCGACCAUGAUAUCCGUACAGCUGAAUGGCGCCGCCUAUCAUAUGAUGCAUGCUCAGCUCUCACACAGAUCCAUCUCGUCCAAAAAACAGAAGGCACAGUGAAGGAGUGGAUACCUUUCGAGGCAAUGAUGCUGUGGUUAUUCAGCGAGGAUAUCAUUGUCCAGUCAAAAGUGCGAUUUCUUCGUCUCUGCGCCCUAUCCUUCCGAGACGACGACAACCAAGCAUUCUUUUUCCUGCUCCUGGCCCGCUGCCUUGAUCCAACUGAUCAGCAAACACUUGAUAUGCUUCGCAAGCGUCAUCCGACGUCUUGGGCAUACCAUCUCGCCACGCAGUAUCUCGAGUCUUUUCAGAAAAAACGAACAACGAUAGACCGAGUUCUUCAAACGUUGGAAAAUGUCGAUACCCAGGAUCUCGAACCCAAAUUCGACGAGGAAUGUCCCAUUUGCUUAUGCAAAAUCAAACCUGUUGGUAACAGGCCGAGGCAAAUCCGACAGGUGAAAAAGAGCUCUUGCAAUCAUUAUUUCCAUGAGAUCUGCAUCCGAACGCAUGUGUCUUACCGAACUACCUGCCCAGUCUGCAGGCGUGAAUGGGGUCACGACUAG